GUCCUCAGAAAUUAGUUUUCAAAAAACUGGAAACAGAGUCGCCAAAAACACCACCAACCUCCUUAAAUUUUCUCAUGCAAAUGCUGUGACUGUCUCGUUCUCUAUUCAAAGAUUCAUCCAUUCAUUCAUUCGUUCAUUCAUGUGAAUAGGGUUCACAAAUUUUUUAUCUGAAAAGUGAGAAGUGAGAACCCACCAGCAUUAGACCCAUAUGGCUGCCUACAGAGCAGACGACGACUACGAUUACCUCUUCAAAGUGGUGUUGAUUGGAGACUCUGGCGUCGGAAAAUCCAAUCUCCUCUCCAGAUUCACCCGCAAUGAGUUCAGUCUCGAAUCCAAAUCCACUAUCGGUGUUGAAUUCGCCACCCGGAGUAUUCGGGUGGAUGACAAGAUCGUCAAGGCUCAGAUUUGGGACACUGCUGGCCAGGAGAGAUACCGUGCAAUCACCAGUGCAUACUACCGAGGUGCUGUUGGUGCACUCCUUGUCUAUGAUGUCACCCGACAUGUUACAUUUGAGAAUGUGGAGAGAUGGUUAAAGGAGCUCCGGGAUCAUACUGACUCGCAUAUUGUGAUAAUGCUUGUUGGCAACAAGGGAGACUUGCGUCACUUGCGUGCAGUUUCCAUUGAUGAUGCCAAGGCAUUUGCUGAGAGAGAAAACACUUUCUUUAUGGAGACAUCUGCCCUUGAGUCCAUGAAUGUUGAGAAUGCAUUCACUGAAGUGCUCACUCAAAUAUAUCAAGUGGUUAGCCGGAAAGCCCUUGAUAUUGGGGAUGACCCUGCUGCUUUACCUAAAGGGCAAACCAUUAAUGUUGGAACCAAGGAUGAUGUUUCAGCUGUAAAGAAAGCUGGUUGCUGCCCCUCCUAAUAGCAGACGUGAAUGAUCAGGAAGUAGGAAGUAGCCUACCUUCUCUUCCUUGCCAUAAAAUUUCAAGAUUUCCUCAAGGCAACUCAUGGACUAUGACUCUCUAAUUUUGCUUCUAAUAGUGUCAGUUUGAUUGAAUGGUGGAGCUUGACUGAGCUUGGCCAAAACUUUUGAGUCUAGAGGAAUUCAGCUUUCUUCCGGAUUCUCUUUUCAUCUGGUGCCAAGAAUUUCAUAAUAUUUACUUUACUUUUUGCCCACUUUGUGUAUUGUUUCACUUACUUUUUAACUGCUAUAGCUUGUGCUGUUUUUAGUUUUUUCUAGAUUAGAAAUGUUGUGGGACAAGCAGUAAAAUUUUGUAUCUGAUUGAAUGAUAGUUGUUCAAUGCUGGAAGAUGAAAUUGAUGAAUUGUUUCCUCCAUAAUGUCUUAGUAAAGAGGCUCCUCAAUAAGCAUCUGGAAUUUCAUGCAGUCCCUGAAUUGUGUUUUACAGGCGAUGAUAAAUGCUCAAACUAUGUGACCGUAACUGUGCUUUGUUCUUGCACUACUAUUUCAAAUUAUAGCUUGUCUUUUUGUUGUUUGUUUUUUCUUUUUCAUUUCUUGGAUUUUCUUUCUUUCUGUUGUAAGAUUCUACCAGGCUAGCUAAGGCAGCAAAGCUUUCUUGGCAUUGUCUGGAGGUAGGGGCAAACACUGGCUUCUUCACUCUGCUAAUCUCAUCUAACUUCCCUGCAAUAUUCAGCAUUUUGAGUAGCUUUUACAAUUCUCUUUGAUGCAUCUUCCCCUCUUUAUGGAUUUGCUACUGUCAAAUAUGAGUUUAUGCUUUAACUAGUCGCAUCAAUGUUUGCCAUUCAACGCAAUUUUGGCUCAUCUGAUAUUUUUCAAUCUACCUUCAAUGGAUAAGCCACUCUGUUUCCAUCAAAUCAUAAAUGAAUUUCCUUCAGAUUGGUUUGCUGUCAAUGGAUUUACAACUAGUUUUGUUCCCUGCAUGCCUAAUGCAUUCCCACAAACCUCAAAGGUACGACUUGCUGUUAACUUUACUGAUGUUAUUUAUUUGUGCAGGAAUACAUUUAUGACUGUUGACAAAUAUUCUCUAAAAUUUGGAUUGUUUGGGUUAAUUUAGCAUGUUUACAGUCGCUAUGAUUACAUAAAAAUGCUGGAUACCUUCUAGAUCACAUAUGCAGUAAAUUGUGGUUCUUCUAAUUAUGGCUCACCAUGGCACAGUAUGUCUAAAGUGUUCUUGUGAAUCCCUCGAGUCUCAGACAUUUCCAUGGCUUCCUCUGUAUGUCCCUAACUCUACUAGAGAACUGGUUCUUUUGAGGUCUCCACCAGAGAAUUGUGUUCGUUGUGCAUGGUGAUGCAUCCAGGAUCUCAUUGCUGCCGAUAUCAGCCUCCAAAUACCUAUGUUUUCUAACAUAAAAUCCUGGAAAUGUUGCAUCUGACCUCCCACAUAGAUUGCCAGCGAAACUGUUGAUGUAGCUCCUGUUGCUAAGAAGAGCACCCAAAGGCUGUCUGGGCUAAUGCUGUGAUCAUCUUCAGCUUCCACUUCCAAGCAUUUCUGGGAGUGGACCAACUUGUUACGUAAGUACAUUAUCUCGCCCUUUUCAUACAAUUUCACCACCGCUUCUGAGAUGUCUGGAAGUAUAGUUGAACCCUUUGGAAACACCUGAAUAGAACCACAACAGAACACAGAAGAACAGACUUCAAGACUUUUUUCUUUCGUCUCUCCUUUUCCCUUUGGUUCUCAGUAAGAAAAGUAAAAGAUGAGAACUAGGUAAAGAAGGAUAGAGAAUGGGAGAGAUUCAGAUAACUGACUCACAAAGCCUAAGCCUCCAACUCUGAAUGUUGGCCCAACAGUAACAAAGCCCUUGCAGUACUGGGCAAGAAACACUUCUGCGUACAAGGAUUCCAUGAAGGACUUCCUCCAGAUAUUUUGGGAUAAAGGACCGCAAGCUGCAACCAACCACAAAAUUGUUAUCCUUGAGGGACUUGACACUGGGUUUGAGCUGCUGGACAGUGAGCAGGGUGCUGAGAUUGGCUGUGUAGCUUUGUGUUAUGACCAGUGCCACAAACAGCCAAACCACCAUGGACAACCUUGAUAAAUUGCUAUGCAACUUCUCCCCUGUGGUGACCAAAGAUGUAAACUUCAUUCAAUAUUGAAACUGGUGAUGGAAGGGAAAACAGGAUGAAUCCAUUUCAAAUCUGUGAAAACCAGAAUGGAUAUCAACUUACCAUGUAAAGAGAAGAGAGUAGUAAAGGACAUGCAAAGCAAAGUUGCUGUUUGGCUCAGUAUAGAGCCUUCAAAUGCUGAGGUAUGAUUUCGUUCUAUUAGCCAUAGCACACAACCACUGUAAAUAGUUAUUACACCAGUCAGCACCCACAUGGCCUUGGUGAAGGGUUUGAUGAACAACCACGGUCUACUUUCUGUUUCAGCAGGAACUAUCAUCACCAAUCCAGGUUCGCUGUAGGGGUGUGUAAAAUCUGCGUGUUUCCAUCGCUUUGAAAUUAUUGAUAUAUCACCUACUACUGCAUCAAAUUCCUGAACCAAUUUUCCAUUUAGAUAUGCUUAAGACAAGUUAUAGUAUCAAGGAACAAAGGAAAAAAGAUCUCUUACUUUGAGAUGAACCUGCUCCACCAAUGAAUCAUAGUUGCCACUGUAAGGAAUGAGCUCAUAUGUUACAGGGUAUUUCAGGUGUUCUAGAGUUGCAUUGAAAACCUCGAUGGAGAAUCCGGUAACAGAAUAAUGGCUUCCAUCAUAUGUCACAUUAACGAACUGUUUGAAUGUUCCAUGUUGGGGGACACCAAUCCGCAAUGGUUUUUGGCUUGUUGGAAGAGACCAUCCUCUUGGAACAGACCAAGGGCCUCCUGGCCACAGCACUUGUCCAAGGACUUGAAGCUGCCUACUGUAUGUAGAUUUCUUAUUGGUAGUCUUGGAGAAACCUGAUCCCUCGAACCAGAACCCGAGUUCUCUGUAACUCUUUCCAAUCACAUUAAUAAUCUGAAAGAUGCGCUGUGGAGCCAAGCUUCUCCUGUUGAAUUGGAUUCUACUGUUUAGGCCAUGGAAAUCACUGAUUGCUAUUCUUUCUAAAAAUGGUUGGAUUAACCCUUUUUUGCUGCUUGGAGCUGUCUCCAUUGCAAGAGCCACAGACCAUACAGCAUCAUAUGCCUGCAGAGCGAAAAUACCAGGCUCAUGGUUGUCUUCCUUGGGAUACAAGGAAUGAAACUUCUCUCUGAAUCUGAGAUAGAAACCUUGGAACCGUGGUCCACUUUGAGAGAAGUAGCUCCUCACUCCUAGAAUGCCUUGCAUUGAUGAGAUGAUUGCAGAAUUCAUGGAAUGUAUAAGAUUUGUAGUUCUGUCUGUAAUGAUCCAAACAUAUCCCUCUUCCAUCAUGCCCAAUUCAUUAGCUGUUUCAAAUAGAUGUGCUGCCAUUGAUAAAGAGGAAUGAAGCACAAAGACUCUUGAUUGCCUUCCUUUAAGUCCCUCAAGCUCACCUGAUAAAGGAGAAGAGGAAUUGACAGUAAAUGGUGGAAGAGCCAGAAGGUAGCCAAUUUCUGAACCCACUUGCUUGAGGGCAUCGGCAAGACAUGGAAUGAUAUCAGUGGCUGCAGAGUCAGUGUCCUCAUAUAUUACAGUGAUCCAACGCCAUUGCCAGGACCCAACAAUGGCAGCCACUGCGUUCAUUUGCAAGUAUCUACUUGGUGAGGCUUGAACCAGGAAUGGCCACCGAUCUGUUGCCCAUUUGGGAGUUGAAUCAGCCAAUGAAAGAAUAGGAAUACGAGCUUGGCCACCAACUUCUGCGACUAAAGACACCUCCUCCCAAGUAUGAAGGCCUACAAUGGCCUGCACUUGCUGCUUCUCAAUGAGGUCCAUGGCUGCACUUCAGAUCAUUAUGGUUAGAAACACUAUUCAUUAUCUUUCUUUUCAGUUCAUAUGAAUCCUACUUCGCUUUUUUUCA